AUGAAAAAUCAUUGGGAUGUGUUGAAAAAAGAUUGGCUUUUAUGGAAUAAUCUGUUAAGGGAUGAGACAGGCUUAGGCGGUGAUACAUUGAUUGGAGCAAUAUCUGUAUCUGAUAAGUGGUGGACCAAGAAAUUAGAGAGGUAUCCUGAUGUUGUUAAAUUUCGGCAUAUGCCAUCGCAAUUCACUGAAGACUUAGACAUACUAUUCUCAGAUGCAGCUGCUACAGGAGAAUGGGCAUACACCCCUCGCUCAAGGGUUAUGCCUCACACUGAUGAGACUUUGGAGAAAUUUCAUACCCCACAUGAUGCUAAUUUGGAGGAUGAUACUGAUUUGGAGGUGAGUAAGACAAAGAAGAAAUUUACUGGUGCAGCUCUACUUAACAAUACACUUGAUCGUAUAGUCAAUGUGGUUGAGUCAUCUUCAACAACUUCAACACAAACCUCAUCAAGAUAUCCUUCAAUUGCAGAAUGUUUGGUGAAGUUGAAAAGCAUCCCUGUUAUGUCCUCGGAUGAUGAGCUGUAUGCAUGGGCUGCCGAAUUGUUCUUAAGAGACAAGCACCAUGAGUGCUUCAUAAGUCUUCCUACGGAUGAAGUUCGACUGAGGUUUAUGAAGUUAGAUGGAGAAGACCACCACAAGUUAUCGCAGCUAAUUGUUUCUGAAGUUGGAUGUUGGUGA